AACCUAGUGUAGCCUCUGUUGACUUGAGACCAUGAUGGACUAGAAGAGAAAUGAAUCAAACACUGGUUUGACCCAGGUCAUUUAAUGAGCGAGCUUAAGCGGGCGUUAAGUGAAUCUUGAAAGCAAGACAUCAUCGCUAAAAAAAACAGGCAGCUGAUGGGGCUGUUUGACAAGUUGGCCGGAUGGCUGGGGUUGAAAAAGGAAGUGAAUGUGCUGUGUCUUGGUUUGGACAACAGUGGGAAAACCACGAUCAUCAACCAGCUGAAACCCGCAAAUGCUCAAGCGCAAGACAUCGUCCCAACCAUUGGCUUCAGCAUAGAGAAGUUCAAGACAUCCAGUCUUUCUUUCACAGUGUUUGACAUGUCCGGUCAAGGCAGAUACAGGAACCUUUGGGAGCACUACUACAAGGAAGGCCAGGCUAUCAUAUUUGUCAUUGAUAGUGCAGACAAACUGAGGAUGGUAGUAGCCAAAGAAGAACUUGACACAUUACUAAACCACCCUGACGUGAAGCACAGGAGGAUCCCCAUCCUGUUCUUUGCUAACAAGAUGGAUGUCAGGGAUGCUCUGUCGUCUGUCAAGGUGUCGCAGCUGCUCUGUUUGGAGAACAUUAAAGACAAACCCUGGCACAUCUGUGCCACCGAUGCUCUGAAAGGAGAAGGUUUACAGGAGGGAGUGGACUGGUUACAAGAUCAAAUCAAAACAAUGAGAACGUGAGGGCAUGAUGAUGGACGCGCCGGAAGAAGCAACAUCCAUGGAGAUCUUUUAUGAAAGACGAGUGGACGUGUUUUUUAGAGGUACCAUGGGAUAGUAAUGUUUAUAGCGUAUUUAGAUUGUUCCGCUUGCAGGUGGAAAAGUGAAUAAAUGAUUUGUUUCUCCCGGUACCAAUAGUAACAUACAGCUGAUGUUAAAGAUGUUAAAACUAAAUGAUAUUUACCCUUUUAUAUUUCUCAAUGUUUUUGUUGAACCAGAUCACAGGAAACAGGAUGAACUAUAUUGUUGCUUUAUUUAAGUACAUUGUUGUUAUCGUUUUUGUCUUCAUUUUAGGGAGAGGGACUCUGAGUGUCUUUUAGAAAAGACAUAUCAUUGGGUGUUAAGUUUAGUUUCCCCUCAACUGUCCUUUGUCUGACAAAUGGCAUAUGCCAGCUUCCCUGGAGAGAAAACAUUUCUAAUAGCUGAUUCAUUCAGACAACGCAUUAUACUAGUGUCCACUCACUGUUACCAAUGUUAGAUACAGUACGUGCAGCCUCGUCUGCUGCGAUUAUGUUUGUUUCCACUGCACAACACACACAGCAGGGGAUCAAUGCUCAACCGCAAAUUCAUGACCACAGCUUAAGAGCAAGGGACGGUCUCUGCCUGUGUUAAGCCUCCAUGCAUCACAUAUAAUUCUAAAAAACAUUGUGUAAUAAGUUACGGGUCAAUGUGUAUGGAAUGGGCUAAUACAACAACACCGAAGAAAGUUCCUUUAAAAUUGUUUCUACUUCUGAAAUAUGCCAAAUUAUAAUUUUUUUCUUUUGUCUCUCAGGGGCUUUGUAGGUACUUUAUUGUUUGUGUUUGGAUUGAACAGUUCACAAUGACGAAGCAACAUUGUUUUCCCAGCUUUUUGAAAAUAUCAAAAUAUGUUGAAGCGCACAUUGCCUUUUCAAGCUUGAAUAUUGUCACAUUUAAAAUAAGAUCCAUCAUAUGUUUACUGGGGCUAAUACCUCAUAGGUCUCUGCUCAUGUUUCAUUGAUACAUACAAUACAUAUUGUAACUUGUUGCUUAGCUUUAUUGUAUUAAAGUGAACAUCAAGUUAAUUUGUUUGCUUAAAAAACAAAACUUGUCUUUGCAAAUCUAUUUAACCUGUGUUCCUAUCUUCGCCUUAUUUCAGUGCUCAAACAAAAACAAAGGUAAUCUAACAAACUGCGUCAUUCCAUUUACUCUUUUCUUCAGUGAUCCAAAUUCAGGCAAUAAAAAAGAAUAACAUCAUUGGCCCACUGUGCACCGGGUUUUUAAGGCAAGCCUUUGAUCUUCCUCUUUGGUCUCUCACUAAAAGCUUGCAUUAAAAAUACAUUUCUGUACACAUCAGCUUGUGUACAGCAAAGGGGAGCAACAACUGACACAAAUGUGUUAUGUUAAUACAUGUAUCUAAGAUAAUAGUUGAUAUACUGUAUAGUACUGUGUUCAUGGAUCAUCUGUAAACCUGACUUUUAAUAUCACAAAUUGCAGAAACUGCAAACGGCACUCACACAUGUCAGUGACUCUGUUUAGACGACCACUGGGGGACGCCAAGCGCCAAAAUAUCCCAAUUCUUCUCCUGGUGGCUUUCAGGAAAAAACAUUGCUUUUGAAUAUAUUUCUAAAUUCCCGAGUGAAGGUUAAUGAUAUAAGUUUCAUACCGCUCUGUCCCCUCCCUCACUACGUUCUAAACAAGAAGACGGCUCCUUCAGCUGACGUUUCAUAUCCUCCAGACAUCUAUUUUAAAACAUUUGGACCCUUUGAGCACAAGUUCACUUUAGCACCAAAGACGUUGUAGAUUGUUCUUAUCAAAUGAGCUUGUGUGGUUUGUUUAUUACAUUGUAUGUGUUUAUUUUUUAUAGAAUAAACGCUGUGGAGAAUGAAAA